GUCAAAGAGGAAGAAUGGCAGGGUUUUCGUUAUAUGUUUCGAACACAUCAAACAUACAGAGCGGUUAUCUGUGUUACAAGGACGGACCGGAAUUACCUCUGUUAGAUUUUACCAAUGUCUGUACCAUUCAUGGACGAUAUGUUACAUUUUACAAUGAAAGAAAUAAGCCGCAAUAUCCCGCCGGUUACCAGAACACCGUUGUUAUUACAGAGUUAUGUGAAGUCAAUGUGAUUGGCUGUAAGCAAAAUGGAUUUUAUGGUAGAAACUGUGAUCUUGUAUGUCCUCUUCACUGCCAAGACAGAAGAUGUCAUAUAAUACAGGGAACCUGUCUUGGUUGUACAGCUGGAUGGAGCGGAGAUUUCUGUAACGAAACUUGUAUGUUUGGUUACUAUGGUAUGGAGUGUAAAACAAAAUGCUCAGGUCAUUGCCUUGCUGGUGCUUCCUGUAAUUAUAUAAGUGGGAAAUGCGAUCAGGGAUGCGAGGGAGGGUGGAUAAUACCCAGCUGUGAUCAACCAUGUCAUGGUGGAUUUUAUGGACCUAAUUGUAUCUAUAAAUGCAGCAGUCAUUGUAAAAAUAGUUUACCAUGUGACAAGGCAAGUGGGAAAUGUGAAAGUUGUGCACCUGGCUACAUUGGAAAAUUUUGCAAUAAUUCGUGUUCAAAAGGCACGUAUGGUCAAAAUUGUUCUGAGAUCUGUAAUAUCAAAUGCCGAGGUCAAAACUGCAUCCAUGAAAAUGGUUUUUGUUCUGAAGGAUGUGAAGACGGAUACCAGGGAAACACCUGUACGGAAAAGUGCAACGAAGGAUGGUAUGGGGAAAACUGCUCCAGACGUUGCAGCUUUAACUGCCAAAGGGAAGUCUGUCACAAUGUACAUGGAGAGUGUAGCUAUGGGUGUAAACCAGGAUGGACUGGUUCAAACUGCAGUCAAGCAUGUGGUGAAGGAUUUUAUGGUAAUAACUGCUUAAAAAGGUGUUUAAAUUGCCUCAACAACGCAUGUUAUCCUGUCAACGGUAUUUGUAUUCAGGAGUGCACUGAUGGUUAUAUUGGUCAAAGAUGCGAACAACCUUGCUUACAUGGAUGGUUUGGUCGAAAUUGUUCCCAAUUGUGUCACCUUAACUGUAGAAACAAGUCAUGUGACAACGUUCAAGGCGUAUGUACAUACGGUUGUGAGGCAGGAUGGACGGGUUUAAACUGUUCAGAAGAGUGCAAUGAUGGAAGGUAUGGAGAGGACUGCGAACAAAUUUGUGGUAAAUGUGCUUUCAACAACACGUGCAACAGGACAAAUGGGGCUUGUCUAAUUGGUUGUGCAGAACCAUUUACAGCAGUUAAAUGUGACAAAAAUACGAAAACGUGUCUUAAAUCGGCAGCUGGUAAUCUUUCUGAGAGUGAUUCUUAUUACGGUUAUGUCAUAGCUUUGUCAGUAGCGUUAGCUGUUUUAAUAGUCAUCAAUGUAUCUACUAUUUUAGUCAUACUCCGAAGGAAAUACAUUCAAAAUGGAUUGGAAGCAUCAAGACAGUAUGCUGAAUGUGAUGACGUAUGUCCUACAAAGACUGAAAAUACACAUACCUAUCAGGACCUUAAUGCUAUAAAUAGUGAGGAUAAUACCUAUCACAAUCUUUCGUUUGAAAAUACUCUGUAGAAUAAAUAAAUAAAUAUGAUAAGUUCAUAAC